AUGAAGGACGGGGGGGGUAGAGAGUGUGUGGAUGGUAUCUCCAGGCUCGUGCGCCUGCCAGCGUCCCCGGGGACCAGCCAGCAGAUAGGGCGCCGCGCGGCUGUCCCGCGAGUGACAUGGCCAGCGCUGCCUGCAGUCGUCGCACCGCCGUCGUCACCUCCUGCUACCGCUCUGCCCGCGCAGAUGAUGGAUGAACUGCAGAUUUCAUAUCUAAACCUUCCAUUGGUUCACUCUUCACUUGAACCAGAUAUUCUUGACAUGAAACUUGAAACAUUGCCUUGGAACAACUGGCCCAUGAAUACCUCUAAGUCAUUAGAGUCAGCGCACAGCAUCGAUCUGGAGCAGCUGUUCUCGCUGGACUCGGGCCCCGCGGAGGACGCACAGCCCUGCGAGCUGCCCGAGAGAACCAUGUUCUGCACCGAGUACUGCGAGGGCUUCCUGCGCGAGAGCGCCCGCCACCUGCGCUACUCGCCGCCGGCGCCCUUGUUCGUGCUGGGCGUGGAGAUGCGCUCGCUGGCGGCGGACGACCAGCCCGCGCCGCCCAGCGCGCGCGCGGCGCUCGCCUCGCACGACUACACGCUCAAGCUGCCUCCUGCCGAGGACCGCGGCUUCGGCUGCACCUUCCUCGGCUGCGGCAAGGCCUACGCCAAGUCGUCGCACCUCAAGGCGCACCUGCGCCGCCACACGGGCGAGAAGCCGUUCGCGUGCGCCUGGCCCGGCUGCGACUGGAGGUUCUCGCGCUCCGACGAGCUGACGCGCCACCGCCGCUCGCACUCGGGUGUGCGGCCCUACGGCUGCGACGCGUGCAGCAAGCGCUUCUCGCGCUCCGACCACCUGCGCAAGCACCAGAAGAUACACCGCCGCGAGGGCUGGCUGUGCGCGCGCCGGCCGGCCGCCGGCCUGCUGCUCCUAGACCGGCCCUGAACCAAGCACGGGCACAGACAGCACAGGACCUACUGCUCCAGGACCGCCACUGCGCCGAGCAUGAAUACAGACCACGUGCCAGCUACUACUGUUUGACAAUCUGUGUGCAAAGCAAGAACACAUACCGCACACCAACUGAUAUUCCAAACUGCCCAUGCACAAAGCAUGAGUACAGACAAUGCGACACCUGCUACUGCUAGAAUGUCCAUGAGCAAAGAAAGAACACAGACCGCACACCAACUGCUACUUCAAACUGCCCAUCCACAAACUUGAGUACAGCAGGCACACCACCUGCUACAGAUAGAGCACAUGUGCACAAAUCAUGAGUACCUACAGUCCGCAUGCCAACUGCUACUCCAUGACUGCCCUUGCACCAAGCAUGAUUAUAGGCCGCGCACCAGCUACUACUCAUAAACCACCCGUGCACAAAGCAUGAGUAGAGACCGCAUGCUAGCUACUACUCAUAGACUGCCCUGACACAAAAUAUGCGUACAGACCCCACAUCACCAGCUGCUUCUAGACAGCCCAUGCACCAAGCAUGAGUACAGCUGGCACGCCACCUCAGACUCCUGUACCACUCAUGUAUCAACUAUGGAUAGAUACUGAAUUCAAGCGUUCUUUUGGGAAUAGAUAAUCCAGUGCUGGUCGGUUCAUAGCAUUAAAAAUUUGUUGCAAGCUGGUGGAGAUGCUGAAAUAUAAUUACUACUGAACUAUAUUCUUAUUGAAUUUAUAAUAGUUCAUAUUAUCAAAAGUGAUUUUAUCAUCUACCGUAUCUAAUUAAGUGUAGUAAAAGAAAAUUUCUACGCCAAACACAAUAAACGUACCAAAAAAUGUUCUAACUUGAUGGCAAUGCCAUGUACCUAGGGCAAGAUGAGUAUCACCUAGAGUAAUAUGAGUAUUACCUGGGGUAAGAUGGGGCAUGAAUAUUUACAUAACACAUACAUAAGCAAUAUCUUCUUCAUCCUUUUCCUCGGAAAAUGCACAGUAGGUCCACCCUUGACAUUUAAUGCACUUAUAUACACUUAUGUUGAUUGAGAUAACAAAUUUCAACAUAAAAUUCAUUUUUAAAUUGUUUUUUUUAUUACUUCUAUGUUGAAGAAAAAAUGUGCUCAACUUGGUUCUUCUUCUGAAAUGCUUAGACUAGUUUCUAUUUGCAAGCAAAGGCAUGUUUGGAUGUUUGAACUUAUAAAUCAUUUCUCUCUAGUGAUGCAGUAUUAAUGACAGUUUUACAUAAGUGAUGAACAUUCGGAUUAUCUUUUACUUUACCAACAUGAAGUAUGGGCAAAUUGUCUUUAGGUGAUACUUAUUGCCUUAACAGUUUCCGAAGAGUUUGAAUAAAAAGAUAGCUCAUUAUCUCCAAGAUACUGACCGUCGGUAGUUUUUAGAGCAAGAAAUCACAAGCUUAAAAUCUUUAGAGUCAAUUCGCCAUAUGCCUGUAGCUUUAAAUCCAUUGACGUAUGUUGUCAUAGUGCCUGUUCGUCGAAAUGAUUUUCCAAAAAGUUAAACGAUCCGAUACAUUGUGACGAAACAACUUGAAUUCGGUCGUAACAUAUUGGUAACAUUUAAGUUAAAAUGGGUACUAAGUGCUUUAGUGAAUGUUAAGUUCAAUGGCUGGAGGUGAUCGGUGUAUUGUGGCGGUAAUUGGAGGAAGGUAACUCCGUUAUCUGUUCACAGGUCUAUGAUCUCAAUAAUGUCUUGUGCCUUGCCUCACCAUCAAAAAACAAUGGAACAGGGUUAUCUUUAGAGCCAUGCAUAAACUGCGCACUAUGUUUCAAUAACUGGAUGAACAUUUUAGACUAUUUCCAGCCUGAAAGAUGGCACUUCGCCAAAGAUUGAAAUGCACAGCUGUCUAUUAGUUUGUCCUUCAUUCUCUGCCGAGGAAUUAUCAUUAUCAGGGGUCCGAUGCAGUGCAUCAUGUUUCCACAGUUACUGCCUGUCAGCUUUCUGUUAAAGCACCUUCUAGUUUCCUACCUUUUGGAGAAGAGAUUUAGAUUUUCAAUUUUAUGCCGAUGAACAGGCGUGGAUUCAGUAUUCCUGCUGAUGAGGCACAUGUAGAAAAAACUCAAAUUUAUUAAAUAAAAAACACACAAUCAAAAGUUUAAGAUUUGUGCUGUGGUCCUUGAUUUUUCUGUGCCCGUCCCCUUGCUGACUGUGAUCGGCCAUGGUACUGAGAGUUCAGAGACACAGAAUGGAAAAAAAGGUGCAGAAACACCAACACUUAAUCUGUCAACUCCGCUGGAAGCCAAAAUCUGCAUUACAAAAGAAGGAGUUCAACAGAGCUUGGCAGUGCUAAACAGAGUUCUAGAGGGCUCAAAAGAGUUCAACAAAACUCUACAGAGCUCUACAGUGCUCGACAGAGCUCGUUAGAGCUCUACAGACUUCGAAAGACCUCGACAAAGCUUGACAGACCUCGACAGAGAUCAACAGAGCUCAACAGGACUCGACAGAGGCAGACAGAGCUCGAUAGAACUCAACAGAACUGACAGAUCAUGAAUUUGGCACAUGUGGCGAAUAUCACAACGGAAAAUACAAAAAAAAAAAUCUCAAAUAAAUAUAAUUUAAGGCAUUGUAUUUUAUUGUCAAAGGGUACAGUCGGUGUUUUUAUGCGUCCCUAUGCCUUUUCUAAAACCGCAAUCGCAACUAUCCACCUUGUCUGGAACGAAAAUGUCUUCAUCAUGCAACUUCCCCAAUUUAAAAACCACAAAUUGGUUGAAUUUGGGAAAUCCAUUUCACAUAUUUGUUGCAAAAAUAUAAUAAAUUAAAAGUUUUGUGAUUUUUAAGAACAGU